CAGGAAAGUACACACACUGACGCUGCUGCCGCCGCAUCGACCCGAAAACAACCGAAAACACCGGACAGCACGCAGCUACACCGACACCACGGCUCAUGACACCCCGUCGUAGAAACACCAGUUUGGUCCAGCUUGUGUUGCAAUAAUGGAGAAACCGCCCUUCAGGCAGAACCAGAACUGCGGAGACUGGGAGCUGAAAGAGAGGCUGGGAAUGGGCGGUUUUGCCCACGUGUACCUGUACCAACAUCAUGAAACAAAUGAAAAACUAGCUGUGAAAAUGUGCCGUCUGGAGCUCACACCGAGAAACAAGGACAGAUGGAGCAGAGAAAUCCAGAUCAUGAGAAAGUUGAAUCACAUCAAUGUGGUGACGGCGCGAGACGUCCCGGAGGAAAUGACACACAUCGCCCUGAACGAUCUCCCGCUGUUGGCCAUGGAGUACUGCUCCAGGGGAGACCUGAGGAAGAUGCUGAGCAAACCUGAAAACUGCUGCGGCCUGAAAGAGAGCGAAGUGCUUUCAUUACUCAACGACGUCGGAUCCGGUAUCCAGUAUCUGCACGAAAACAAGAUCAUCCACAGAGACCUUAAACCUGAAAACAUUGUGCUGCAAGACAUCAACGGGAAGCUUGUUCAUAAAAUCAUUGACCUGGGCUACGCUAAAGACCUGGACCAGGGCAGUCUGUGUACCUCCUUCGUUGGCACGCUUCAGUACCUGGCUCCGGAGCUGUUUGAGAAUAAGCCGUACACUGUUACCGUGGACUACUGGAGCUUCGGCACGAUGGUCUUUGAAUGCAGUUGCGGUUUCCGUCCGUUCCUGCACAACCUUCAGCCCGUGCAGUGGGCCAGCAAAGUGAGGAAUAAAGGUCCAAAAGACAUCAUGGCUGUAGAAGAACUGAACGGAGAAGUCCGGUUCUCCACACACCUCCCCUACCCCAACAAUCUCAGCAGGACGCUGUUGGAGCCGAUGGAGGCUCUGCUGCAGCUGAUGUUAAAGUGGGAUCCCGUCCAGAGAGGAGGCAAAGUCAGCUCCGACACUAAGAGGCCCAUGUGCUUUGAAGUGCUGGAGCAGAUACUGAGCAUGAAGGUGGUCCACAUCCUGAACAUGACCACGGCUCAGGUCCACUCCUUCCAGCUGACGCCGGACGAAAGUCUCCACAGUCUGCAGAAGCGCAUCGAGGCCGAGACCAAGAUCGAAGUGGUGAACCAGGAGCUGCUGCAGGAGACGGGAGUGUCGCUGGAUCCCAGGAAGCCCGCUGCGCAGUGUGUGCUCGAGGGAGUGAGAGGGUGGGACAGCUACAUCGUCUACCUGUUUGACAAGAGCAUCACCAAGUACUCAGGUCCGCUCAGUGCCAGACAGCUGCCUGAUAAAGUCAACACUAUAGUCCAAGAAGCAAAGACGCAGCUGCCUCUGGUGGUGCUGAAGAAGGUUUGGGGUGAAGCAGUGAGCUACAUCUGUGGGCUGAAGGACGACUACAGCCGGCUCUUCCAAGGACAGAGGGCUGCUAUGUUGAGUCUCCUGCGCUACAACACCAACCUGACCAGGUGUAAGAACAGCAUGUUCGGCUUCUCUCAGCAGCUAAAGGCCAAGCUGGACUUCUUCAAGAGCAGCAUCCAGUACGACCUGGAAAAAUACAGCGAUCAGAUGCAUUAUGGCAUAUCCUCUGAAAAGAUGCUGAAAGCCUGGCAGGAGAACGAGGAGCGAGCUGCUGCGUUUGCACAGGUGGCAGAGGUGAGCCAUCUGGACGAUGAGAUCAUGGCGCUGCACUCGGAGAUAGUUGAACUUCAGAGGAGUCCGUACGCUCGACGCCAAGGAGACAAGAUGGAGCAGCUAGAAGAAAAAGCGAUCGAGCUCUACAAGCAGCUGAAGAUGAAAUGCAAAAUACCGGAGCCAGACGUGAGCAGUGACAGCUCUGAGAUGGUGAAGGCCAUCAUCCAGACGGUCCAGAACCAAGACAAGGUCCUUAAAGACCUGUACACACACCUCAGUAAGAUCCUGAUCAGCAAACAGAAGAUCAUCGACUUGUUUCCACGCAUUGAGAAAACUCUGGAGAGCAUCAAGGAUGCCGACAACACAGUGAUGCAGAUGCAGAUCAAGAGACAAAGAGAGUUCUGGCAUUUACUGAAGAUCGCCUGUGCUCAAAACUCCUCACGAAACUCGAUAGCGGCCAGUCCCGAGUCGUCCAACCUGCUGCAGGUCUCUCAGUGGUCCCAGUCGGCUCAACCUGUCAGCUCCCCACAUCCCCUCACCUCCCUGCCCGGGCCAAACGACAGUGAUGCUGCACCGCGUCUGCUGCAGGAGAACCAGAAGUACCUCAGUCAGCUGACCAGCCUGAUGCAGGAGGCGGCCGAUGAACAGGCCAAAAGCAUCGUGGACCAAGACUGGAGCUGGACGAAAUACGAAACUUUAACGACAAAAUUAAAAAAGAGAAAUGCGUGAAGCGUUGUGUUGCGUCCUUCCAUCCCCGCCGGUGCUCCGAGUAACACUAAAGACCGUGAGCUGCUGAAACGAGCAGAAAAAUAACUCUGCAGUUGUACAUGGACUCGGGAUAAAAAAAAUGUCUCUGAAGACGGACACGCUCCGUGGUGUCCGUCCACUCCCGUCGUCUCACGUGGUGGAAAGCUUGAUGAAUAUUCUUGUUUUUAUAUAAGAGAAAACAACGAAGCUGUGUCACUUCUUUUUCCUUUUGAUGCACAAAACACAUCCUUCAUUUUCACUGUUUAGAGCAAACUGUAGCAACAAGUCUGAGGAUUUGAUGUGGAUUUAUGACUCGAGAGACUGUUGGACAGAAACACGGGAGCGAGUCCAGCCGUGUGACAUAACAGAAAAACACAGGAAGUGGUCGGGGGUGGGGGGGAGGGGGGGCGAGGAGGAAAUUACAAUCAAGCAAACAGCACUUUGAUACUCCCAUGUAUCCUCUCUGUGAAGAGACGAGACGUUUCCAGGCUGCCAACAAAUGUCGCAGGAUUCAAGAUUUAAACCUUUACUGUCGCUCAUAAUCAUCGAUAUAUUUCACUGUUCGCAGUCUGCGGUUUAGAGUCUCUGUACAUGUUUGUGGGUUUUUUUGUUUUAAAUAAAGUGUUAUGUAUCAUAGGCACAGACGUGGCUGGCCAUCAUGUUUAUGUCUUGUCCAUACUGUACAUCCGUCUUUUUAAUUGUCUGCAAGUUACAAAAGGGGUUUUCUUGUCUUAUUUAUGAGCACGUUUAGUUUCACUGGAUGCUUCGUGCUGCGUUCGUGUCACGGAGAGUUGGAACGAUUAGUUGAUAGCCAAGUUUUUACUCAAGUUCAGCGCAGAUUUCAAACAAAUUUACAGAAAAUUCAGAGGAAGAAAAUGGACAUUUAGUGCGAGUUUCCGUCCCCUACUAUUAAGAGAAUAUUGAAAGUUGGUGAAAUAAACACUUUUGUCCAGAGCCGAGUCUGUAAACAACUGUAGAAGAAGAGGACGAUAAAGGAGCUCAGAGAAAAGAAAACUGUCAGAGUCAUCGUGGAAAUCUGAGAUUUGUGUUUGUUUUUUGUAUAAA